AUGGAGAUUGAGAUAAUAUCAAGAGAAAACAUCAAACCAUCUUCUCCAACACCUAAUCACCUUAGAACCCACCCGAUAUCUCUCCUCGAUCAAUUUCAAUCUCCCGAGCGUGGUUCAGCCCUCCUCUUUUAUUCCUCUGCCUCCUCCAUAUCCAUCUCUAUCUCCAAGAGAUCACAAGUCCUGAGAAAAUCGCUAUCCCAAACGCUAACUCUCUAUUAUCCCUUCGCUGGAAGGGUCAAUAACGAAUUCUCCAUCGAUUGUAAUGACGAGGGGAUUUCUUAUACGGUGGCUAGAGUUAAUUGCAAAUUAUGCGAUUAUCUCAAGCAACCUGAUUACUCAAAGUUCCCUAAGUUUGUGCCGGAGGAAAUCAUUUUAUGUGAAAUAAUUUCUGGUUGUCAUGUUUUUAUGAUCCAAGAAACUGUGUUUGCUUGUGGUGGUUUUGCAGUAGGCAUUGUCAUGGCACACACCAUUAUCGAUGGAACUUCUCUGAUCACAUUCCUCAAUACUUGGGCUACCAUGGCCAGAGAAGGAUCAGUUGCUCAAUCUCCCAAUUUCAGCUCCUCGUAUAUCUUUCCUCGAAACAAUGCAUUCCCGCAGGAUCUAACUAUCUCGGCUAUGAUGGGUCGAUUCCUUCGAGUAAAGGGCAAGUUUGCGGGAAGGAGGUUCGUGUUUAAAGGAUCAGUGAUAAGCAAUCUUAAGGCCGAAGCAACGAGAUUAGGCGUACAGAACCCAACGCGGGCGGAGGUAGUGCUUACAGUCCUAUUUAAAUCCAUCAUGUCUGCAUACAAGGCGAGAUUCGGUGCCAAGAAGAAGUCAUCAGCUUUGUUAUCAGCUUCGGUGAACUUGCGACGAAGGGCUGAGCCCCAAUUCCCAGCAACAAGUGUGGGAAAUAUACUUAUGCAAGUAGCCAUAGUAGCAACUAGUGAAGAAACAGAGGUGUGUAGUUUCGUGUCCCGGAUGAGAGAAACAUUAGGCUGUUUGAGUGGUGAUUUUGUCAAGAGCCUUGAAGGGGAGCAAGGAUUGCAGUCGCUCUGCGAAUAUUUGACAAGGCUCAGGGAAACAUAUUCAAAGAGUGUCUCCAAUGGAGAUGAAAUAAUUGCGUUUAACAGCUGGUGUAAGGCAGGAACCGACAGUAUUGACUAUGGGUGGGGGAAGCCAUUAUGGUUCCCAGCUUUUCAUUUUGCUGUAGGGAUUCCUGCAUCCAUGAUUCAUCUGAUGGAUACAAGAAACUGUGGUGGAAUAGAAGCAUGGGUGUCACUGGAUGAAGACAUCAUGACUCUGGUAGAACAUGACGAGGAACUCAUUUCGGUAGCCUCAGUGGAUCCAAGUCCUCUAGAAAUUGAUUCACUCAAGUCAAAUCUUUGA